AUGUCUCAUCAUGCAGACAAUGAUGUCAACAAUUCAGCGGAAACAUCAUCCGGCAAUAAUCAACAAUCAUUUUGGUGCUCUCAUCGCCGGAAGUUGCUUUCCGCUGCAGGGGCGCUCUUAUUUAUUGGAUUAGGAAUUGCCGUUGACCUGCUGUCAGGAGAUGGGGCUCCUCUUUAUACCGUCAUGUGGUUUGUGGGACUACCUGUUGUAUUUCUGAUAUUGCGAUACCUCUGGCUCCGACUUUGUCGAGACCCCUUUCUCUCUCAAAGCGAUACUUUGACAGCUGUUACUUGGGAAUCAACCACCACAUGUCCGCCGAGCCUCCAACGAACAGUCCCUACUAUUCUGUUCUGGACCUUCAUUGUGCUAUGUUUUGCCGGCGCCGUUUUGGGGUUCGAUGUGCGAAAUGAAAAUUUGGAACCAGACAUGUUUAUUGUCGUUACGUACAGUGGGUUUGGUUCCUUGUUGAUCUUGUUAAGUGCUGUUUGGCUUGUGGAUGCCCUCUGCUUAUGCUACCUAUUUGUCAUAAGGGACAAGAUUCUGGGACACACGGGUGUCGCUCAAGACUGGUGGUACCGUACCAACAUUGUAUGGGCGAGUUGUCAACAACAAGAAGCAGCAGCAGCCCCGCAAUCUGUGGCGACUACUGCAACUGGAAAUUCUGAAACAGCCGAAGCUGCUGACACAGUCAAGUCCAGACAAUUGGAUCAGAUACGCUCGGCCGCCAAGUGGAGACUAUUGCUGAUUAUUUUGCUUUACAUAUGGUGGACGGUCUGGUCCUAUUUUGCUGCCUAUGAUCCAACUGUCUUGAUACUGAAUGUUCCAGUCCCCAAGUUACCCCCUCAAUGCGAUGGAUACAAACUAGCGAUGGCAGCUGACUUGCACGUGGGAUCCAUGGCCGGUCUCAGCGAUGCCGAACGGAUGGUGAAUAAUCUAAACGCCUUGAAUCCGGAUGCCAUUGCCUUGGUGGGAGACAUUGGGGACCAACCGGUCACUGCCAUUAUCCGCCAAAAGAUGGCACCUCUGGCGCGUCUCAAGGCACCGGAUGGAGUGUAUAUGAGCUUUGGAAACCACGAAAACAUUAAAGGUGUUGAAGGUUACCGCAAGCUACUCCGAGACGAGGCUCCUUUUGCGGAAACUGUGGUACUCCUAGAGAAUCAACAUGCUAUAUUGGACAAGGCGAGCACAGAUGGCUGCUCCGUUGCUUUGAUCGGUAUGGCCGACUGGAGUGGUCAACGAGAUGGUGCUCUUUAUGAAGAUCAAAUCGCACCCGAUUUUGAAAAAGCAAUUCGAGUUCAAGCUGGACUCAAUGGUACCUCUAUUGAAAAAGACGAACCCAUUUCCUCCGACUUGCCAAUGAUCAUGUUGCAGCAUCAACCUUGCGGUAUCAAGCAAGCGGCCAAGGACGGGGUUGGACUUCAACUCAGUGGUCAUACACACGGCGGACAAAUCUGGCCCAAUCACAUCACCUUGCUUUCAUAUGACGGUAUUGCAGGACUGGCAGAGUUUGAUGUUGGUUCGGAACAUGGACCAUCGUAUCUUUUUGUAUCGGAAGGCGUGGUUGGAUGGGGCCCUCGCCUUCGUUUCUUGUCUCGCACGGACAUUGCACUGUUGACGCUUCGGACACCAGAGGCCAUGAAGGCAGAAGGAUUGAAACCGGAUCUAAGUGUAUCCGUGGCUACUGCUGCCAUGUAUUUUGCUACUGCCAUCAUUCCAAUCAGCUUGGUAUUAUGGUCGAUUCCCGUGUGCUGCUGGGUUCGACAACGGCGGACCGACAGAAGGCAACAGCAACAAGUAGAGACCGAAUCGAAGGACAAGGAUGAAGAGGAAGGCAAAACUGUUUCAAACCGAGAUUGCUAG